CUUACUUCGUGCCUAACAAAACGGGUUGGCGGCCCAUAUCUCCCUUGCCGCCACAUUUCCUUUUCCCGAAAACAAAAUAAAAUAAAAUAAAAAUUCUCCGGGAGAAAACCACACGAAACAUGGUGGCGGCGCGAUCUAUUUGGGGCGUUAAAUCCAAGCUAGCACUUGCUUUCACCGCGUUAGGCGCCGGAGCUGGUGCCGCAACUAUCGCUAACUCCGACGAUCCCGCCACGUCACUCAAAUUAUGCACAACCGUCCCCGUCCGCCUUUUUCGCCUUUCCGUCACCGCUGCCACCAUUGCCUUCGAUUAUCAGUUUUCAUUAUUGGGGAUGUACGAAGAUAAUAUCGAGAAGGCAAGAGUUAAACAUGAAGUUCACACCAGGAGUGCAAACAGGCUUGUAGAAUUAUGCUUCAAAAAUGGUGGAAUAUAUAUUAAGCUUGGCCAACAUAUCGGUCAACUGGAAUAUUUGGUACCGCAAGAGUACAUUAAAGCGUUGAGAGAGUCGAUGUUGAAUAGAUGUCCAACUUCUUCCUAUGAUCAAGUGUGCCAAGUUGUCAAGAAAGAGCUUGGCGGUGUACCUGAAGAAAUAUUUGAUGAGUUUGAUCCUGUUCCUAUUGCGAGCGCUUCUCUUGCACAAGUUCAUGUUGCACGCACACAUCAGGGACAGAAAGUUGCAGUGAAGGUACAGCAUAUGCACAUGACAGAUACUGCAGCUGCAGACUAUGCGACAGUAGCAUUGAUUGUGAACACAUUGCAUUGGCUCUUUCCUUCAUUUGAUUACAGGUGGCUGGUAGAUGAAGUAAACGACAGUCUACCUAAGGAGCUAGAUUUCUUAAUUGAGGCCAAGAACAGCAUAAAAUGCAUGGAUAACUUUCGGAGGUUAUCUCCUCAUAUUGCAGACUAUGUUUAUGCCCCCACUGUAUAUUGGAACCUAAGUACCACACGAUUGUUGACAAUGGAGUUUGUGGAAGGCGCACAAGUGAACGAACCGAGGAGUAUUCAAAAACUUGGACUCUCACCUCACGACAUUGCGAGGCUAGUCAGUAAAACAUUUGCUGAGAUGAUGUUCAAACAUGGAUUUGUACACUGUGAUCCGCAUUUUGCGAACCUGGUAGUUCGCACAUCACCGUCUUCAAAAAGUGGCAUUUUUGGAAGGAAAAAACCACAAUUGGUCCUGCUGGACCAUGGUUUGUACAAAGAACUUGACAUUUCCACCAGGACCAACUAUGCUGCACUUUGGAAGGCUUUAGUACUGGCUGAUGCCAAUGGAAUAAAGGAAAAUUGCCUAAAGUUGGGUGCGGGAGAGGAUCUGUAUGCUCUAUUUGCAGGGAUUCUUACAAUGAGGCCAUGGAACAGGGUUAUUGAUCCAGCUGUUGACCAUCUUGCUAUACAAGGCAAUGCCGGUGACCACUCUGAACUUCAGAUGUAUGCUUCUUUGUAUUUUCCUCAAAUCUCAGAGCUUCUGCAUAAACUGCCUCGUGUAAUCCUUUUAAUGUUGAAGACAAAUGAUUGUUUGCGUGCAGUGAAUAAUGCAUUGAUACAAAGACCAUCAGUGGAAUCGUUUAUUAUCAUUGGAAGAGUUUCGUCUGAGGCACUCAUUAAGGAGAAGUUAUUACAUGCCAAUUCAUUUUUCAGUUUGCUGCAAGUCUGGUUAGAAAAGAUUUCACUAGAAGCCCGCUUUUUCGUAAUGCAGAUAGCCUUGUGGAUACUCCAGCUCCGUAGAUCAUUAGCAUAUGUAUAAAACACAGAAAUCAUACUGAAAGAACUAAUAGGCAUUCAAUCCGUUUCCCUUUUCAAAUCCAUUUUUGUUUUCUUUUUUCUUCAAGCCCAUUGUUCCCAACCCGUACUAGUCGCAGAAACUCAAUAAGUUAGCCAACUACUAUACGGGUGACACAUAUACAGUCAUUACGGAUAUCUUUUCCCUUUGAAUGGGGCAAAUGAAAGUGAUUUGAGAUGCUUUCGUCUAUUGAAUUAUGGAUGACACAAUAUAGGUUUCCAGCUUUUCAUUUAACUCAGGUGAGAAGUGUUACAUUUCAAUAAUUUUUUAAGUUCAGUCUAAUUAGAAUUACUGAUUUAUUUGUAUGAGACUGAAAAUGAGUUAUAUUUAAAAUUAAAGUAUUGUUUUGGAUUUUCUGUA